GCAGCACUGAGCGACAGAUGUGAAGUCAAACACACACACGGACGGAGGCUGAAGUUUCUGCUCAUCUGAGAAUUUCCGUGACUCCCGCUUCGCUUUGCAGCAACAACUGGAUCCGCUUCCCUGCGGUCAGGCUGACAAGUUUGCGCCUUCUAGAAAACUUUGUUGUUUUUUUUUUCCUAUAAAGUAGUUUGACCCUGGUGUGAGCAAGCUGGAUUCCCGGAGCCCUUCACCAUGUCAGGGGGGUUUUAGGUACUCCAUGGAGCAAGCAAACCUGUACGAGGCAGCCCCUCGGCCCCUGGUGACAAACCUCGCCCCGAGUGCGCAGAACGCCUACGGCUACAAGGACGACCUGAGCGCGAUCUGUGAGAACGAGAACUCCAUCGACAUCAGUGCAUACAUCGACCCGGGCGCAUUUAACGACGAAUUCCUGGCCGACCUGUUCCACAGCAGCGGCGCGCGUCACGAGAAGCUUAAGCUGGCGAACGGCGGCGACUACGAAUACGGCCACAGCCUGGGACUGGGCGCACCCGGGCCGCAGCACUCGUACGGCUGCGGAGUGGCGAGCUACGGUGACUCGUCCAAGCUGGAGCCCAUGUACGAGGCACGCAUGAGACCUGUGGCAAUCAAGCAAGAGCCGCGCGAGGACAGCGAGGUCGGAGAGCUUGGGCACGCGCCACAGCCCGGCGCCUACCACCACCCACACCAUCCACACCACCCACACCUGUCGCACCUGCAGUACCAAAUCGCUCACUGCGCGCAAACCGCCGUGCACCUGCAGCCGGGUCACCCGACACCUCCGCCCACCCCAGUGCCCAGCCCGCAUCACCAGCACCAGCACCAUCACCAACAGCAGGGCGGCCUCGCCGUCAAAAUGAUGGGCAGCGGGACAUGCGACAGGCCCAAAUCUAAAAAGAACGUCGACAAGAACAGCGCCGAGUACCGGAUGCGGCGCGAGCGCAACAACGUGGCCGUGCGCAAGAGCCGCGACAAGGCCAAGAUGCGCAACGCGGAGACGCAACAGAAAGUCAUCGAGCUGUCGUCGGACAACGACAGACUGCGCAAACGCGUCGAACACCUCACGCGCGAGCUCGAGACUUUGCGGGGUAUCUUCCGGCAGCUGCCCGACGGCUCAUACGUCAAAGCCAUGGGCGGCUGCGCCUAAGCAGGAAAGACUGUUUUUUUUCUUGUUUUGUUUCUUGUUUUUAUUUGUCUACUUCUUUUCUUCUUGUUUUUGAAGUCUUGCUAAUCCUGAUGCGUUCGCUGGAUAUGUACAAGAUCACAAUUACUGAAACUGUUUCUAUACAGAAGUCAGGCAGCUGCCGUCUACACGUGCCUUUUUGUACGCCAUCAAUGAAAAAACUCAUAACACAAAAACUCAAUAAGCUCCUCUUGGGACUCGCGUGUCCAGUAGGUCACGACUUUACAUCAGCAGCAGUUGUAUUGAAAACGUAUUUAAAAAAAAGUAUCAACGUUUGGGGCCUAAAUGUUUAAAAUGUGCCCAUUUGAACUGUAAGAACUGCACGAGGCUUUUCUAAAAAAGCGUGAAAGGUGAAAGGUGCAUGGAUGGGAAACAAACAAACAAAAAAACUUCCAUUCUUAUUUUCCAUGUUUUAUUUGUUGUAUGUUGGAAUUUGUCUACAAAUGGACUGAAAACGACAUGCCAAAGCAAAGGACUGGAACACAACAGGCUACAUUCCAAGCCUUGUACUACAUACCAAAACUGUGCAUAACUGAUCAUUUAUAGUGGCGCGCACACACACACACACACACACACACACACACAUA